UUUUUUUUAACAGGAAGUGUGAUCUGCGCACGUCCGUAUGAAUUGGCGGUUCCAUUUAAAGGCAUCGACGGCCAUGGGACCAUUCUCCAUUAUUUGAUACAUUCACAGCGACUUGAUACUGCCAGCGUACAACCAGUAUGGUUAUGUUUUAUAUCGUGUGCUACUUCGAAGACCAGUGCGUCUUGCUUGAGAAAGAAGAGGAAUUAAUUUUGGACCAUGGACAGGCCGACGUAGGUGACACGGUGGCAAAAGCUUUCAAGACCAGAACUCUCGAUGAUUCCGGUUUUGAAAGAUUAGUUGAUGUCACCUAUAGUGCAGUGGUGCUUUUCCGGUCACAGGACAGAAGCAGAGCGUGUGCCUUCAAAGCGAAAUUGCAGAGGCAUAUGGCAAAUACGAAAGCAGAAGGUGAAAAGUUCUUUUCUGCCAUGGUGGAUUUCGGAAAGGCACAGUUUUUGCUUGAGGCAAAAACAAAAAGAGGUGCCUCAGCAGGAGUACAGAAAGUUGUAGAUGAACUUGUAACCUCACAGACUUCAGAGCCUGUGCGAAAAACUGCUGUCGGAAAGGAAGACAACAGAAAGAAACGACAACUUUCUUGUUCUGAAGAGGUUUUAGAACCACUUACAAGCAGAAAAAGAAGCAAACCUCCUGCCAAACACCAAACUUCUAAAAAGCAGCGUAAAGUUGAUGGCAAAGUGGAGAUAAUGAAGAAAAAGCUUGACAGUGUUGCUAGGAACAUGGAGGUGGAUGCCCUGGAGGAAGAAAUGAGUGGAGCAUUCUGGCUUGGAGAACAGAGAUUCCAGCAGAACAUCAACAGAAGAAGCAUGAUCCACAGAACUAUACACAGACGCUUUACAAUGGAUUUCUUGAGGAACAACUUGAAAGUCUUGCCAUGAGGAAGAAAUCACCUGGCUUGGCAAUUGGAUUACUAUUUCGAAAGAUGUUUUCCCUAGAAGAAAUAGUUGG